UGUGGGGGGCGGGCCCACCAGAGGCGGCUUCGGCAGCUCAGCUUGGGGAAGAGCCCCUCAGGGCCAGAUGGACCCGGUCCAGAAAGCUGUCAUCAGCCACACGUUUGGGGUCCCCUCCCCUCUGAAGAAGAAACUCUUCAUUUCCUGUAACAUCUGUCACCUAAGGUUCAACUCAGCGAACCAGGCCGAGGCACAUUAUAAAGGCCACAAACACGCCAGAAAACUCAAGGCUGUCGAGGCUGCCAAGAGCAAGCAGAGGCCACACACCCAGGCCCAGGAUGGGGCUGUAGUGUCCCCAGUCCCAACGCUGGCCAGUGGAGCCCCUGGAGAGCAACAGAGUAAAGCAGUUCCUGCAGUCCCACCUCUUGGGUCUCCACUCCAGCCACCACCAACUCCGGACCCUACAUCCAGGGAGCCAGCCCACGAAGAGCUCUUGGAUGCUGCCUCCUCCUCGUCCUCUUCUUCCUCCUGCCCACCUUGCUCCCCAGAGCCUGGGAGAGAGGCACCGGGGCCUGAGCCGGCGGCAGCUGCCGUGGGAAGCAGCGUGAGUGGGGAAGGCAGGAGUGAGAAGGGGCACCUCUACUGCCCCACGUGUAAGGUGACAGUGAACUCGGCCUCCCAGCUUCAGGCUCACAACACAGGAGCCAAGCACCGGUGGAUGACGGAGGGUCAGCGAGCGGCUCCCCGGAGGAGCCGGGGCCGCCCGGUGUCCAGGGGAGGCGCCGGACACAAGGCCAAGAGAGUGACAGGGGGCCGGGGCGGCCGGCAGGGGCCCAGCCCUGCUUUCCACUGUGCUCUCUGUCAGCUCCAGGUCAAUUCAGAGACCCAACUCAAGCAGCACAUGAGCAGCAGGAGGCACAAAGACCGCCUGGCCGGGAAGCCCCCCAAGCCCUCCAGCCAGCACAGCAAGCUGCAGAAGCACGCAGCGCUGGCUGUGAGUAUCCUCAAGUCUAAACUGGCCUUGCAGAAGCAACUCACCAAGACGCUGGCAGCCCGCUUCCUGCCCAGCCCGCUCCCCACUGCAGCCACUGCCAUCUGUGCCCUGCCAGGGCCCCUGGCCCUCCGCCCUGCCCCUACAGCAGCCACUACCCUCUUCCCAGCUCCGAUCCUGGGCCCAGCUCUGUUUCGCACCCCAGCAGGAGCUGUCCGCCCUGCCACAGGACCUAUCGUCCUUGCCCCUUAUUAGCCCUCAUGGGGAGGCCAGAGCUGAUUUCCCAAUAGCCACUCCUUGUCUCCUACUGUCCCGAGACACCUUGGGUUCCUACAUGCCACAGAGACUGUGAACAGCUUCAGGGGUCCUGCCCAAUCCAGAAAGAAUUGGGCUAGUUUUAAGGGCAGCUCCCUUCCAAGGACUGUCGCCACCCUCCUUUCCCAGGCCUUCCAGGGUUAGUCCUAGGCUUCCCUGCAUUUCCCACCCUGACAGACCCCAAAGAUCUAUGCAAAAUCUCAGCCCCAGCCACGUGGUGCUCUCACUUUCCUCCACCCAAGACCUACACCAGGCCCCACAUGGCCAGCCUCCAGGAAUCUUAGCUUCUACAAGCCAUCCUCUCCUAGCCGGGGAGCAACUCUCUGACCUCCAGUCCUAGGCUCUGGGGCUUCACUGGAGAUAGAGAUGGGGUAUUUAGCUGGAGCAGGCUCAAGGCUAUCAGGACAAGGUGACCAUGGGAGUGUGACAGAGGACCACGGAGGAGAAAGGGGGACCCAGAAGUCCUUCGAUCAGCAGUGCUAAGGUGGGGCAGAGCCAAGGAAGUGGUGGGGCUGGUUCUGAAAGCUUUUGGGGGCUUCAUCUGCUCUGAAGGGGUGGGACUGAGAGAAGGUGAUGUUCUGGUUGGGCCCAGGGUUUUGUUUGUUUUAAUCUUAGUCUUCUGGGCAUUCAUGGGCCCAGACAUUUUUUCUUUUUCCAGAGUUGCAUUCUGUUGCCCAGGUUAGAGUGCAGUGGUACGAUCUUGGCUCACUGCAGCCUCUGCCUCCCUGGUUCAAGUGAUACUUGCCGAUGAGCCCAGUCUUAAUAUUGAGGGGGUAACUCAUCCCUCAGCAGCUCUUAUUAGCCUUCUUCUGACUUCCUGAACCCCAGCUCUUGGAGGGCGGGUGUGGGUCUCCCUCAGACUAUGGACUCAGCUAAUACCGAAUACCCCCAGGGCUCCCAAAGGAAGAGCUUUCCCUUCUCUCAACCAGCCCCUGCCACUGUGAAGCUGAGUAUUGGGAGGCAGUCUCACACGCACUUACAAGACCCAUUUCAUGCUGUCAACAUCAGUGUCACAAGCUCCCUCCCACUGCAGCACUGCCCCCUCUGCACCCCACAAUAUGGGACCUUGCCAGUAUCCCCCUGUAUCUUUUUUUUUUUUUUAAGACAUUUCCAAUGGGAGAACCAGAAAAAGGCGGGAGGGGAGGGAAACUUUUUGAUAACAAUUGUGGUUUUAUUGUGUCCAAUGAAUGCAUCAAUAAAUGAACUUGAAGCCCAA